AUGUUCUUCAUCCAUUUCCUCGAACAUGUUCUGACGCUGCAUCCGUCCUUCUUCGGCUCUCAUGUCAAGGAGUACCUGACUCAGAAGCUGCUGGAUGAUGUGGAAGGUGUGUGUACGGGCGAUUACUACAUCGUCUGCGUGAUGGACAUGUAUGAUAUCUCGGAAGGGAAGAUCAUACCCGGCAGCGGUCUGGCAGAGUACACCAUUGUCUACCGCGCCAUUGUCUGGAAGCCGUUCAAGGGAGAGACGGUUGAUGCUAUCGUCACCUCGGUGAAGAACCAGGGCAUCUUUGCAGAGGUUGGCCCACUGACCGUCUUCGUGUCCAAACAUUUGAUACCGCCAGAGAUCAAGUGGGAUCCAGAUGCGACUCCUCCGCAGUAUACGGAUAACGCAGACCAGGUCAUCGAGAAGGGGACAAAUCUACGGAUCAAGCUGAUUGGGCUGCGAAACGACGUGCGCAACAUGUUUGCAAUUGGCAGCAUCAGGGAAGACUAUCUUGGGACCCUGUAA